AAUGUGCGGCGGCGGGAAGUGAAAUAGACGUGAAGAUGGCGGCGCCUGUGAGACAAUAUGGGCUUAUUUUGCCCAAGAAGGCAAAGCAGGACAUCGCAACACUGUCCAAACCAUCUAUUUUUGGGGAUUCCGAUGAUGAGACAUCAGUGGGUGAGAGCCUUCAGAAAGAGGCGCUGAAGAAGAGAGUAAUGAAACAGACAAAAUUGGAAAUGCAAAAGGCUCUGGAAGAAGAUUCCACGGUGUACGAAUAUGACAACAUCUAUGAUGACCUUCAGCAGAAGAAGAUCGAAGGCAACGCCAAGUUACUGUCUGGUGCAAAUAAAAAGCCCAAGUACAUCGAAAGCUUGAUGAAAGCCGUCGGAGAACGAAAAAAGGAGCAAGAGAGAAGGAUGGAGCGGAAGAUCCAAAAGGAACGAGAAGCUGAAGGGGAAAUGUACGUGGACAAAGACGCUUUUGUCACGUCCGCCUACAAAAAGAAGCUUCAGGAGCAAGCGGAGGAGAAAGAACUGGAGCGCAGAGAAGCAGCCAUAGAAGCUUCGUUGGACGUGACUAAGCAGAAGGACCUCAGCGGUUUCUACCGACACCUCUUGAAUCAAACGGUGGGCGAGGAAGCGAUGCCAGAGUGCAGCAUUCGUGGGAUUAAAAGUAUGAAGGAAGAAAAGCCAAGAGGCUAUUCCGAUGAGCCAGACUCUAAGAAUUUUGUCAACAGGUCAAGGGAGUCCAACUCCGAAGGCAAGGACAAUAGGAACCUGGAUGCAGACAGCGACCUUGAGGUUGACAGUGAUGAUGAAGGCGAAACUAAGGAUAACAGAAAACUGGCGUUCAAGCAGAAAAGGGACAGCAAGAGCUCGGAGGUCAACGAAGAGAAGUCAAGGAGCCGCCAGUACAGAAGGCAUGUAGAGUCGUCUAGUGAGGAGGAGGAGGAGGAGGAAGAAGAGGGUCGUCAGCGCCAGAGUCAGUCAAACAAAGAUAAGAGCGAGAAAAGUAAAAGCCAUUCGAAAAGCUCCCGGGAUGAUGAUAGGGAAAGAAACCGCAGAAGCGGAGAAAGUCUGAGCUACAAGGAGUCCAGCCACGACCAGGAAAAGUACAGAGAGAGAGAUCACGAUCGAAAAGAGAGAGAACGGAACAAAUAUGAGGACAGUAGAGAUCGCAAGAGAGACCGAGAGGAAAGGCAUAAGGAUAAAGAUUACAACAGUAGAAGAGACGAGAGGCACAGAGACCAUGGGGGAGAGAAACCAAAAGAGAGGGAAGAACGAGGAAGAGACGAAAAACAGAGGGAGCGAGACAGAGCCAAGAGGGACGAGAGCAGGAGGGGAGAAAAACACAGGGACCAAGAUAGAGAAGACAAAACCAAAGAAAAGGAAGAGCGUGUAAAGGAGAAGGGAAGAGAGGCCUACGAGCGACGGGAGAGAUACAAAAGCAGCGAGGGGAGAGACGAUAGCUCCUCGCGGUCAACGGAGAAGGAGCGGUCGAGGAAAAGUGACCACAAGAGAUACAGAUCCGAAGAAAAGGAGAGCAAUGAAGACAAGACCGCCGGGUCCAGAAAUACAGACAAAGAGAAAGAGGGCGAGAUUCCUGACUUGCCGUGCGAGCAAAAGCCCAGCGACGGACCCCAGAAGAAGCCAAUCGAAACCGAGGCCGCCCAGCAGUUGAGCAAAUUUGCCAAGCGCAGCAACGAGGAGACAAUCACGUCUGCAAAAGAGCGAUACCUGGCCCGGCAAAUCAACCGAGCUUCGAAAAAGUCAUAUAUCGAGCUGGAGGAAAACGAGUAAUAAUAUUAUUGCGGCUGCUGCCGACAGAAAUCGAAAUAUAUAAAUAAUUGAUUCAAUAAAAGAUCUUUUUUCCUCCUUCUCUCCCCCCGCCCCUACCAUCCCUACCCUUCCAUGCCCCCGAUAAUCCUUCCGACACUAAGACCAAUGUUAUAAAGGAGAAUUUCAUCCUAAUGAAAAUGCAAAGGUAUUUUCCAGACUUCAGCUGUGUCGAUGGAUUACCUGGAGUUUUAAAAACCUGGUUGUGUUUAUAUUUGUUAAAGAUUGUAGUGUGCUUUUUUUUUAAACUAAAAAAGAAAGGAAAAAAAUAUAUGCCCUGGUCUGAUUGAAUGGACGGUGACGGUUUUGGAGAUUCUAUUGUAAAAUUGUCUAGAAGCGGUGUGAAAUAUGGGUGUUUAAAAGAGUUUUAUAUCCAGUGUAAAAAGUAACGUCAGCAAGCCGGAAAGUCCCGUUGCUUUAAAGCUUUCCGUUAAGUAAAAUACUAUAAUUUCACUUUACAAAAGCUUUCAUCUCCUGCAUACUUCAUAGUAACGGGCCACUGCAGUCAAUACUUGUGCGUAUUGGUGACAUAUGGUUAUUAUUGUGCGAAUGAUGUAAUGCUUCUGAUUUAAUCUAUUCGUGCUGAGUUGCAUUAAAUACUGCUGACUUUUACAAGUA